CAAAGGAAACCACUCACUCGUGACUCGCCCAUUCCAUCGUCGCUUCUUCGAGCAAGUUCGCGUAGUCAAGCAUGUGCAAGGUCGUGAUCACGAUCCCGUCGCUCGUCUGGCUGCGCCGCACCGUGCGGCGGUGGCGCUCCGGCAUCAAGGAGCGGACCACGGACGACGACGCCGCGGUGCCGCCGGGGCACGUGGCGGUGCGCGUGGAAGGCGGCGACGGCUCCAGGCGGUUCGUGGUGCGGCUGGCGCACCUCAACCACCCGGCGUUCCGGGAGUUGCUGCGGCAGGCGGAGGAGGAGUACGGCUUCCCGGCCGCCCCCGGUCCCAUCGCGCUCCCCUGCGACGAGGACCACCUCCUCGACGUCCUCCGCGGCGUGUCCUCGGCCUCGGACUCCUCCUCCUGCUGCGGGCCGGCCACGCGGCGCGGGCGCGGCGACUCGCGGCCGCUGCUACAGGGGAUGCCCGUGGAGAAGCUUGUCUGGUGAUCGAUCCGUCAGCCCCGCCAGCUGAAUCAACCUACGUACAUAUAAGCCAUUACUAGGCUGUGUCCAUUGCUGAUCAGAGCGAUGGCGAGGUGGUGAUUCAUUCGGUUUCUGCGAGUACGAGCAUGCAUGCAAGUCGGCACCGGCAGAUAGCUCGCGGGAAAAAGAAGGGCGAAAGCGGCUAGCUCGCCCGGCUGGCGCGGCCGAGAAGACCGUGCGCGAACGCACAGGCAGCAAGCGCCGGGGCAUCCGACUAAAGGGCGUCCUCCCGUGCUCUA